AUGAUGUUUGUGGUUUUUACUUAUUAUUCCAUAUUAUUCAUUAAUAUUUUAAAACAUUUUAUAGUUUUUUCUAGCAAUCUUACUAAAUCUAGUAAUGAUUUCUACUAUGCAAUGAACUACAUUAAAAGUAGAAUUAUGAUGGCCAUCUAUCCAAAAUCAAAUAAAGAUGUUUUAUAUGAAUGUAUAAAUUUGCAUGAUAUGAGAAUACUAAAAAGUUUGAAUCCGUCUACGUUUUGUACAGGGAUUUUUUUUUGGUUAAAACAGUUUAUUGAUAUAAGUUUCGAGGGGCCUCAGACGGAUGGUUGUUGUACAGGGAUAAAGAAAAUUUUUAGUAUUUUAACUUUUUCUGAUUUUCGGGUUAUUUAA